CCAUCUGAACUAAAACUUGUAGAUGUCGCUAGUAUGGAUUACAAUAGAGAGCAGUUUGACGUUAGCGGUAUAUGCAGCUUUUCGUUCCUUCGUUCGAGUGAUUUGAUUUCGUUGCAAUUUACUAAUAAUUCUACAUUGUCUCGAAUUAAAAUAUUAAGAAAGGAAUCUAUUCUAAUCUUAUUACCUAUCCUUGUUGGAAAAACGCAGAUUUUUGUAAAAACUCUUACAGGAAAGGCCAUCACAUUAGAAGUGGAAGCAUCCGAUACGAUAGAAAAUAUCAAGACCAAAAUACAAGAUAAAGAAGGGAUUCCUCCUGAUCAACAAAGAGUCAUCUUUGCUGAUAAACAAUUAGAAGAUGGAAGGACUCUUUCAGAUUAUAACGUUCAGAAAGAAUCUACUUUACAUUUAGUUUUGCGUCUUCAUGGAGACUCGAAUACUUGAAUCAAAAGAUUAUAAAUCCUUUUGUAGUAAAAUUUAGUAAAUGUCGUAGUGUAUCUACUGAUAGUAACUUA